AUGAAACUAUCAAUUGUUGUAUUGUCAUCGAUAUUGGCUGUUUGCUCGGUUACUACAGCCAAUCCAGUCAAUCCCAGUACAACUACAAGUGCUGAAGCUAGCACUUCAACCAUCAUUCCCAGUGCACAAACUACACCCUCAAUUGAUUUUAGCAACCUUCCAGAGGAGGGUAUGGAUUUAAUCAAAGAGUACGCACAGACGAAGAAAAGUCGUAACAAUGCAAAGGAAAUGCAUGACUCGCUACAACUUGAAAGACUUUCUCAAAAAAAAUUGGUAGAACAGCUGGGUAAAGAAAUUCAGGAGUUGAUAAAUGAAUCUGGGAGUAGCAAGAAUGGUUCAAAGCACAAGAGCAAACUCAAGAAACUUCGACAGAAUCUUAAACAAGAACGAAAAAGUCUCCAUAGAAUUACAAUGAAGCUGCUAAAUUCUGAUUAUGUUAAUCUUGGCAUAAAAUUAGGUAAAAUUCAAACGCAACUCUUGCAGUACUUGUUUGGGGAAAAUCUGUAUCAAUCAGCCGGUUACUACACGGGACUUUUGGAAUCAACUCCCGAGUUUAUGAAACUCGUCAGCACGCUUGGCAAUUCUGUACCAAACCAACAGCCAGGAUCUGAGCAAGCCUCUACUAGUGAGACCCAGAAUCAAUCACAACAUCAUAAAAGUUCAUCAUCAUCAAGCAAAAAGCCUACAAUUUAA